UAUAUUAUAUAUUUAAUAUAUUAAUCUACAGCUGCAGCUCGACGUCCUCGAUUGCAGACAGUCCCAGCACCGCAGUCCUGUGUACUGUUUUAAUGCAGGGCAGUUUUCUGUCUGCAGUGUAGAGAAAGUAACUCUCAUAACAGUUGGAGACGCAGGCCUGUCCAGGAUGAAAAGCGUCAGGGUUGUAGUGGUUGGAGCCGGGGUGAUUGGCCUCUCCACCGCUGUCUGCAUCGCAGAGGCUCUUCCUUUCUGCUCCGUUACUGUCCUCGCUGAGACGUUCAGCCCAAACACCACCAGUGAUGGAGCUGCUGGGAUCCUGUUUGCUGCAGAGUUUCCAGAUAUUCCCUUGGAAAGACAAAAACGCUGGUUCAAGGACAGCUUUGAUCACCUUUUGGCCAUUGCUGUGUCCGAACAAUCACCAGAUGCUGGAGUAAUGCUGAGCUCAGGUUGCCAAAUAUUCAAGGAGGUUCCAGCCAAAAAGAUGCCCUUCUGGUCAGAGUUUGUGAUCGGUUUUCGAUCCAUGACUGACCGUGAACUGAAACGGUUUCCGGAUCAUAAGUUUGGCCAGGCGUUCACCACCAUAAAAUGUGAAUGUGCCAGUUACCUGCCGUGGCUCGAGAAGAGGUUCAGGAAAGCUGGAGGUAAAGUGGAGCAGAGGAAAGUCAACAAUCUUCAGGAAUUAAGCAACAGCUUUGAUAUAAUUGUCAACUGCUCUGGUCUGGGCUCCAAAAUGCUGGUGGGUGACACCGAAGUGUACUCAGUCAGAGGCCAGGUCCUCAAGGUGGAGGCUCCCUGGCUGCAGCACUUUAUCCGAGAUGGAGAUGGAAAGACCUACAUCUACCCCGGCACACAAAGCAUCACUAUAGGUGGCACGAGGCAGGAGGGGGACUGGCGACUACAGGUGGACGAAGGAGACACGAAGGGCAUCCUGGAGCGCUGCAGCAGGCUGGAGCCGUCGCUCAGCAAAGGCAAAGUUGUCAGCACGUGGGUCGGUCUGAGGCCGAGCAGGAAGAACCCAAGGGUGGAGAGGGAGGUGGUUCAGCUGCACGGCCGCCGGGUGCCUGUGGUCCACAACUACGGCCAUGGCGGCUGGGGGGUCACCCUGGCCUGGGGUACAGGCCUGGAUGCUCUGGGGCUGGUCAGGCAGUGCCUUCAUGAAAUGCCUCCGCAGGCAAAGCUGUGAAUAAAUUCUGCCACUAAAUCCUUUAAGUGGUGCUAAUAACAAUUUACUUUAAAUAAUAGUACAGAGGUGCAAAUUAAUGACUGAACACAUCAAAACUACAUAAACAUAAAAGUAAUUUAUGCAAAGUCAUUUUGAAUUUCAUGGUACUUCAAUAAACUGCUAAUGGUGGCAAACAAUCUUUUAGGAGAUAAUGUCAUAAUAAAUCCUGCUGUUUUUUUAAACAUCUGGUGCCAAUCACAGUUACCUUUUAACUACAGAGAUCUACUGCUGGAGAUAUAAACUGAAAGUAGAUGGGUAAUCAACAGUCUUGUUAGCAUAUUUACAAUGUAUAUAGAAAAUAUUUUUUUAUUAAUUAACACGAAAACACUGUACAUUAUUUAAAUGUGAGACCAUUUUAAUUUACUGUUUUGAAACUGAUUUGAAAUAAACAGACAAAGCAACUGUAAAACUUUCUGUCAACUCUAUACAUAAAAUGCACUGAGAAAAGAAUAUUGAGUUACAGUAAAUGCAGCGAUGAAUAAUGUAUUAAUAAAGGCUUUGUUUGAUUUCAGAUAAAGGAGCGCUCACUGCUGAACACUGCUGCUUGUGUAACUGUUGGACUGUGACCAGGUCUAGGGCAGAGACAGACUACAGACUAUUUCAGCUGAAUGGAGAAUAUCUGGACUGUUUCAUAAUGAACCAAACUUGACCAGGAUUCAGUUGUGUGUACAUAGAUAGGUCAGUAAUAUAUAAACAUGAUGGA